AUGCUCAGACAACUAUCUAGCCCACCAGUUCCGGUCCAUGACACUCUGCCCGUAGACAGUAGAUGCCACAUUGAGGACCACCCCAGUCCGAAAGCCAUCCAGCCCAUCCAGCGAUUCUCUCCCAAAACGGUUUUUUUUGCGUUAUUUUCUUGUUGA